AUGUGUAAAUUCUUCCCGGCAAUCCUGGAGGGCGAGGCAAGGAAGUGGUUCUACAAUCUCCCACCAGGAACAGUCAAUAGUUAUGAGACUCUAGUCGAAGCCUUCCUCGAAAGUUAUAUGCACAACAACAGACCUCGGCCCAGGGUCAACAGCUCAGCACCCAAGUCGACAUCGAACGACGUUCAAAGACGGCCCGAGAAGAGACCGAGCCCACCUACACGAGGAAAUGGGAAGAAGGAAUGGGUAGCCAAAGAAAAGAGGCCGAGGCACGAGGAGAGAACACACACUCAUUUGAAUGCUCCACUAGAAGAAAUCUUCAAAGAGGUCGAAAAAAGGAAUGACAUCAUAUACCCAGCAUCAAGAGGGAUACAGUUUGAGGAGACCAAGGAUCACCCGGAGUAUUGUCAUUAUCAUCAGUGUCGAGGCCACUCUAUAAAUAACUGCCGAGAAGUAAAAGACAUCGUGCAACACCUUAUUCGAGAUGGUGACCUGAGACAAUUCUUCCGACACCCAGCCCGGGCAACUGCUACGCCCGAUGCACCUGUUCAUCAGGUCCGAAUCGACAGAUCCACUCAGUUUGUCAACACGAUUUCGCAGUCAGCCACUCAAGAGUACAAUCUGAACCAUGGGAUCAUGUCUAGAAUCCACAAAAGGUACCAUAACGGGAAAGAAAUUUUCAGUGUAGCAAAGACUUUUCCGAUGGAAACUUGGAUGGUGCAACCUAUCUUUUUCUCGGCUCAGGAUGUCCCAAUGAACGGCCAGGCUCACAGUGAUCCCUUGGUCAUCACCCUGCUGAUUGAGGAAUGUGGGGUAAGAAGGAUACUGGUAGAUAGUAGGAGCUCAGUCGAAGUACUCUUCUACGAUACGUUCAAGAGGAUGGAGCUAUCAGAUGAUAUACUCGUCCCAUCAACAUAUCGUAUAUACGGCUUUAAUGGGACCGUAACCAUCCCAAAGGGCGAAGUAACCCUAAGGGUAUCGGACGGAGGUGGUUACCUAGACACAUUGACUACAUUCUGUGUGGUCUAUGUCGUCUCGCCCUAUGAAGCUAUUAUCGGGAGACCGUGGAUCGCUGGAAUCAAAGGAGUGGCCUCAGCCUAUCAUCAAAGGCUGCGAUUUCCAACGUACAAGGGAAUAGCCGAGGUCGUAGGCGAUUCACAGGCAGCCCGACAGUGCAUGCAAGUCGAUGCCCAAAUAAAUGAGGAGCGGCGAGCACGACAAAGGAGGGAGAAGAACAAGUCUAAAGAAGCCAAAGCGCCAGAUGACUUGGAAAAAGUUAUUUCGCAGGCGGUCAUGGCAUACGAAACACAAUGA